AUGUUUGAUGCAAGAGGAAAGUCAGUUACAAGUAUUAUUAAUCGUAUUUGUGUUGACAGAGGUAUCAAUAAUCUUUCGGAAUUUGUUAAUCCGGGAGAAGAAUGGAUACUUAAUCCGUAUGACUUAAAGAAUAUGGAUAAGGCUGUAGAGUGUUUAGAUAAGCACAUUCAGAACAAAAGUGCUAUAGGAGUGUUAUUUGACACUGAUGCAGAUGGUUUAACAGCAGGAACAGAAAUGACUAAUUACCUUGCUGAUAUGAAAAUUUCUGCUAAAACUUUUAUCAACAGUGGUAAGAAACAUGGAUUAUAUCUUGGAGAUCAGAUGAAUGAGAUUUUAAAUUCUGGUAUUAAGCUUCUUAUUAUUGUAGAUAGUUUAGAUAAGUGUACUGAUGGAUAUGAGAUACUUAAAGAAAAUAAUAUUGAUAUUAUUAUUCUUGACCACCAUGAUGUAGAAAUGUUCUCUAAUUAUGAUAGUUAUGCAAUACUUGUAUCAUCACAGAUUCAGUAUGGAAAUACAGCAUUAUCUGGAGCUGGUGUAACUCUUAAGUUUCUUAUGGCUCUUGAUGAGAAAUAUGAUACAGAUUAUGCUGACAAGUAUUUUGACUUGGCUGCAAUAGGUAUUCUUGCUGACGUAUCUGAUGUUUAUGAAUCUAUGGAGAACAGAGCUAUUAUAAACAAAGGAUUGAAUAGUCUUCAGAAUCCAGCAGUAAAAAAGAUACUUGGUUCAUAUGAGUUUAACUCAAAAUCAGUAUUAUUCUCUAUUGCACCAAUGGUAAAUGCCUGUGUUCGUACUAAUGAUAACGAACUUGUAAAGAAUUUUUUCCUUGAAAACAAUAAUAAAAUUCUACUUUCAUUAAAGAAAUCUAUUGAGUUAUGCAAAGAAGAACAGAACAAAGAGAAGGAAAAGUUACUUGAAUCAUGCAGGGAACAGAUGAAUAAACAAUCUGGCAAGGUAAAAUAUGCAUUUAUCGACAGUAAUUAUGGUGUUACAGGAUUACUUGGAAACACACUUCUUGAUGAAUAUAACUGUCCUGUUUUUAUUUUUAAUAAAGCUAAUAGUGAUACAAACACAAUUAUAGGUUCUAUGCGUUCAGUAGGAUAUGAGAAGUUUAAAACUCUUUGUAAUAGUGUUGGAUUAGCAGAACUUUCAGGACAUGAGUAUGCUUCAGGAAUUGUUAUUGAUAAAGAUGAUAUAAACGUAUUUAUUGAUGUAAUAAAUGAAAACCUUAAAGAUAAAGAGUUUAUUCCUGAAAAUGACACAGAAGAAGCUGAUGUUCUUAUUAACUAUACUGAUAUUACUAAGGAACUUGUAGAAAAUAUCGGCAAGAUUAAUCGUAUUUUCGGCAAAGGAUUUCAGCCGAUUACCUUUAAGAUUGAAGGCAUUACAGAUUAUACUGUAAGCAAGUUUAAGGAUGGUAAACAUCUUGUACUCUAUGUAGAUAAUACAAAUCUUAUGGUUAUAGACUGGAAUACAGACUUUGAAUAUGAUAGCGAAAAAGAAACAUUUCCAGAAUGGGAAGAUCAUGCUGCUAUAAAUGAUGAAAUAUCUGUUGUAGGAGAACUUGAAUCAGGAUUUAUGGGAAGACAAUUCAGAUUAAAGAUUAUUUCUAAAAGUAUUGAGAUUGAGUAUGGUAUUGUACUUGACCAUUGGUCGGAUGCUGUUGCUGCUGAAAGGAUAGUUCCAAGAAAUAGAACUACGAUUGAUGGUGUUGAUAUACAUGACAUCCAUUUCCCUACAAAAGCUAAGAAAUUACCUAAGAAAUGGUCAUACGAUAUGAAGAUGUAUGAGACAAAGAAUGUGUUAUCAGAUGAAGAUGAAGAAAGAUAUUCUUAUGCAUUUUCUAUCAAUGAUAUCAAGUCUUUAUACGAUGCAGGCAUAUUUGUUAAAGCUUCAGAAGAACUAUACUGGCAUGGUCAUAUAGAAACUGUAAUUGAAAAGGGUGAAUGGUAUCUGAAAUAUGUAUAUGAUGAUCCUCGUUCUAAUACAGUUCUUAAAAAUUGGGAUGAGAUAUUUCUUAGUGCAAAUGAUGCACAGAAAAGAAUAGAUGAGAUUAAUACAGAGAAUAAAAGAGUAGCCAAUUUGUCUGAUUAUGAUUACAAUGUCGAAUGUCUAGCAAGAGUGCUUGACAGAUACAAAUCCCUAUAUCAUGUGCCUGACGUUGAUAUUGACAAAAUCAGAAAACAUAUGUAUUUUGAAAAUUAUCAUCGCCACAGUGACAGCAGCAAUUAUGGUUUGGCAGAUUCAGGUGAAAUAAUUGAUGCUUAUAUUGAUAAGAUAAAAGAGAUAAACAGUAAAUGUCUAUUCUCAGGUGAACAUGGUUGGCAAGGAGAUCAUAUUUCCGUAUAUGAUACUGCUGAAAAAGUUGGUCUUAAGUACAGACAUUCUUCUGAAGUCUAUUGGGUUAAAGAUAGAUUUGAACAAGAUAGAAGCAACUGCCAUAUGAUUAUUGUAGCCAAAACUGCAAAAGGUAGAAAGAGAUUGAAUUAUAUUCUCUCUCUUGCUAAUGUAGAAGGAUUCUACGGUAGACCAAGAAUUGAUUUGCAGUUACUUCUUGAAACAGAUCCUAAUGACUUUAUAGUGACAAGUGCUUGCGUUGCCGGAUGGAAGUAUGAUGAUGCAGAUAAGAUAUGGCUGAAAAUUGCAAAUCAUUUUAAAAACAAUUUCUUUUUUGAAGUGCAAUACCAUUUGACAUCAUCACAGAUAGAGCUAAACAAAAGGAUACUUAAACUAUCUGAAGAAAAUAACAUUCAGAUUAUCGCUGGACUUGACAGUCACUAUAUCUCGGAUGAUGGUAAAGUAAAAAGAGAUAUGAUUCUCAAAUACAAGAAAACAGAAUAUCCUGACGAAGAUGGAUGGUAUAUGGAUUUUCCAUCUGUUGAUGUUGUUAUUCAGAGAUUUAAAGAGCAAAGUGUUCUUACUGAAGAACAAAUUUACAGAGCCAUCAUGAAUACAAAUAUAUUUGUAGAUGAAUGUGAAGAGAUUGUUCUUAAUAAAAAUUUUAAAAUUCCGAAUAUCUAUCAUGAUUUAUCUUAUGAACAGAGAGUAAAAAAAUAUCAUUCUAUACUUAAUGAAGCUUAUAAAAAAGAGCCAGUCAAGUCUAAGGAAAGAGUUGAAGGUAUAAGAAAAGAAGCACAUGAAGUUACUUCAGCUAAAGUAGUUGAUUACUUUUUGUUUAAUUACGAACUCAUGAAACUUGCUAAAGAAAAAUAUGGGGGGAUAUUAACUACUACAUCAAGAGGAUCUAUGGGAAGCUUUUACACAAAUAAACUCUUAGGAUUUACAACUCUUGAUAGAUUCAACUCAGAUGUUCCUAUUUACCCAGAUAGAUUUAUUACAGCCGAACGUAUUUUAUCUGGACAGAUGCCAGACUGUGAUUUUAACAUAGCCAAACAAGAACCAUUUGUUUUAGCUGCGAAGGAAUUAUUAGGAGAACAUGGCUGUUAUCCUCUUAUGGCUAUUGAAAAACUUAAAGUAAAAUCAGCUUGGCAGUUAUAUGCCGGAGCAAACAAUGUUAAACCAGAUGACGCUAAUGCAAUUUCUGCGGCUAUUGAAGAAUAUGAAAAGGUUUUAAAGCAUACAGAAGAUGAAUUUAAAGAGGAUGUUAAGGUUGAAGAUUAUAUUCCUUCCGAAUAUUUAGAACUGUAUAAUCAGAGUCUUUCAUAUAGAAAAAUCAUGAGUAAUCUUAAGUGCCAUGCCUGUGGUCAUCUUGUUUUCGAUGGAGAUAUAAGAGAAGAAGUAGGAUUAAUUAGUGCUAUAUCUAAAAGUACAGGCAAAAGAACAAUAUGUGCUUGCGUUCAGGGUGGUUUCCUUGAUUAUUUCGGAUAUGUUAAGGAUGAUUUUCUUAUUGUCGAUGCAGUAUCUCUUACUAAGGAAUUUUUUGAUAGUAUAGAUAAACCAGUUCCUACAUUUGAAGAGCUUAAAUCUAUGGUAGAUGGAGAUAAGCCAACAUGGGAUAUAUAUGCUAAUGGAAUCACUUGUUGUGUUAAUCAACUUGAAAAAGAAUCUACUGCACAGAAAAUGAUGAAGUAUAAAGCUACCAAUAUGGCUGAACUAAGUUCUCUAAUCGCAGCUAUCAGACCCGGAUUUGCUCCACUAUUAAAUAAGUUCCUUAAUAGAGAACCAUAUUCAACAGGAGAACCUGAAAUAGAUAAUCUCUUAAGUGACACUGCACAUUGGAUGCUUUAUCAAGAGUCAAUAAUGAAGGUGCUUUCAUUCUUAGGUGUAAGCAUGGGUGAUACUUAUGGAAUUAUUAAAGCUAUUUCGAAGAAAAAACUUGUAGGAGAAAAGAAAGAACAUUUAAAAUCACAGCUUAAAGAAAGUUGGUUAAAUCAUUUCGGCAACACAGAUAACUUUAAUAAUGUAUGGGAUGUUAUAGAAUCAUCAGCAGCAUAUGCCUUCAACUCACCUCAUGCUUACUCAAUGAAUGGAGAUAGUCUGUAUCAAGCUUGGUUUAAGGCUCAUCAUACGUCAAAAUUCUAUGAAGUAGCAAUGAACCAUUAUUAUCUUAAAGACAAUAAACCGAAGAUAUUUGAUCUGUCAACUGAAGCUGUAAAUAAAAUGGGAUAUAAAAGGUUGCCUUAUAAAUUCAGACAGGAUAAUAGAAGUUUUAUUGUUGACGGCAAGAAUAAGACUAUUUCUUCAAGAUUAUCUGCAAUCAAAGGUAUGCCUAAUUCCGCACCAGAUUUCCUUUAUGAGAUAAAAGAUAAAGAAUAUACUUCAUUCUUAGAUUUUCUGAUACAAGAGAAUCCAAGUAAAUCUAUUAUGGAUAGACUUAUACCUCUUGAUUUCUUCUCCGAAUUUGGCAAGUCUGGCAAGCUUAUGAAUAUAUAUAAAUUUUAUGAUGCACGUUAUGACAAAACUAAAUUCAAAAAGCAGAUCAAGAAAGAUAAGAAUCCUUACCCGGUUGAAAUACUCAGCAAGUACAGUAAAGAAACUGAAAAGCAGUUCAAUAUCAUAGACGAAGUUGGUUUCUGUUCUGAAAUGCUUUCUACAUUUAAGGAUAAAGACUUACCAAUAACAGAAAGACUUCAGGCACAGUCUGAGUAUUUAGGCUAUUUAGAGUAUAAUUAUAAAAGAUAUGGUAUCCCAAAGGCACAACUUGUUAUUGCUGAUAUACCUUACAAUGUAGGGAAUAACUUUUAUGGUUCAAAUCCUAUGUGGUAUAAGGGCGGAGAAAGUACAAACGGUGAAUCUAAACUUGCUGGUAAGGCUGCUUUCAAUACAGAUUUUAACUUUAAUAUUGCAGAAUAUUUUCAUUUCUGUAAUAAACUUCUUAAGCCAGAACCAAAAAAAGCUGGUGCAAGAGGAAGAAGUUCGGACGCACCUUGUAUGAUUAUAUUCUGUGCUUUUGAACAGAUGCAGUUGGUUUUAAAGUAUGCUGAAAAACAUGGGUUCAAGAACUAUAUACAUCUUAGCUUCAUUAAGAAUUACUCUCCGCAGGUUCUUAAAGCAAAUAUGAGAGUGGUAGGAGCUACAGAACACGCAUUACUUUUAUAUCGUGAUAAGUUACCUAAGUUUAGAAAUGGCUUACAGGUUGACGAGAACGGUAAAAAUAUUCGUGGUACAGGACAUAUGAUUUUUGACUGGUUUCAGUGGGAAAAGGAUGGUAAAGAUAUUCCAAAGAUACAUCCAACACAGAAACCUAUUAACACUUUAAAGAAGUUAAUCGAAAUUUUUACUGAUGAAGGUGAUGUUGUUAUAGAUCCUUGUGCUGGAAGUGGAACAACUUUAAGAGCAGCAAACGAAUUAGGAAGAAAUGCUUAUGGAUUUGAGAUAUUUAUACCGAUAAAACUUUACGUUGACAUCGGAGAAUUAACUGCUGAAGAAAUUAUUGAGAAGUUCGGCAGACCUGAUGUGAUAUGGGCAAGUCCAGAUUGUACUUCGUUCAGUAUUGCUGCUAUCAGUCAUCACAGAAGAAAGAAUGAAGAAACAGGAAACUUAGAUCCGGUUAGCGACUAUGCAAAAUUUUGUGAUAAGGUUGACCAACACGUUCUUGACCUUAUCAAAGAACUUAAUCCGAAGUUUUGGUUCAUAGAGAAUCCUAGAGGUGGCAUGAGAAAGAUGACUUGGAUGAAAGACUUACCAAGAUAUACGAUUUCAUAUUGCAGAUACGGAGAUGACCGAAUGAAACCAACAGAUAUCUGGACUAAUCAUCCUAAUCCUAAAUUCUUGCCUAUGUGUAAGAACGGUGAUCCAUGUCAUGUAGCUGCACCAAGAGGAAGCAAGACUGGUACACAGGGUAGAAAGAAUGCUAUGGAACGUUCAAGAAUUCCAGAUAAACUUUGUGAACAUAUUGUAGAAAUUUGCGAGGAAUAUAUAAACGAAUAA